GGCAGUAAUAGCAGGAGCAGCCACAGAAGGCGUCGGAGCGGGCGUCGGAGCUGCCCGCUAGGGGGUAGAGAGAGAAAGAGAGAGAGGAGCGAGAAAGAGGGCGAGCGAGGAGAGGGAGCCCGAGGCGGAAAAGUAACUGUCAAAUGCGCGGCUCCUUUAACCGGAGCGCUCAGUCCGGCUCGGAGAGUCAUGGCGACCGCAGCGUCUAACCACUACAGCCUGCUCACCUCCAGCGCCUCCAUCGUGCACGCCGAGCCGCCCGGUGGCAUGCAGCAGGGUGCGGGGGGCUACCGCGAGGCGCAGAGCCUGGUGCAGGGCGACUACGGCGCGCUGCAGAGCAACGGGCACCCGCUCAGCCACGCUCACCAGUGGAUCACCGCGCUGUCCCACGGCGGCGGCGGCGGGGGCGGCGGCGGGCGCGGCGGGGGGGGCGGGGGCGGCCGUGGNGGCGGCGACGGCUCCCCGUGGUCCACCAGCCCCCUGGGCCAGCCGGACAUCAAGCCCUCGGUGGUGGUGCAGCAGGGCGGCCGCGGCGACGAGCUGCACGGGCCAGGCGCGCUGCAGCCGCAGCACCAGCAGCAGCAGCAACAGCAGCAACAGCAGCAGCAGCAGCAACAGCAGCAGCAACAACAGCAGCAGCCGCGGCCGCCGCAUCUGGUGCACCACGCCGCCAACCACCACCCCGGGCCCGGGGCAUGGCGGAGCGCGGCGGCCGCGGCGCACCUCCCGCCCUCCAUGGGAGCGUCCAACGGCGGCUUGCUCUACUCGCAGCCCAGCUUCACCGUGAACGGCAUGCUGGGCGCUGGCGGGCAGCCGGCGGGGCUGCACCACCACGGCCUGCGGGACGCGCACGACGAGCCGCAUCACGCCGACCACCACCCGCACCCCCACUCGCACCCGCACCAGCAGCCGCCGCCGCCACCACCCCCGCAGGGCCCUCCGGGCCACCCGGGCGCUCACCACGACCCGCACUCAGACGAGGACACGCCGACCUCGGACGACCUGGAGCAGUUCGCCAAGCAGUUCAAGCAGAGGCGGAUCAAACUGGGAUUUACCCAAGCAGACGUGGGGCUGGCGCUGGGCACCCUGUACGGCAACGUGUUCUCGCAGACCACCAUCUGCAGGUUUGAGGCCCUGCAGCUGAGCUUCAAGAACAUGUGCAAGCUCAAGCCGCUGCUGAACAAGUGGCUGGAGGAGGCGGACUCGAGCACCGGCAGCCCCACCAGCAUCGACAAGAUCGCGGCGCAGGGCCGCAAGCGCAAGAAGCGGACCUCCAUCGAGGUGAGCGUCAAGGGGGCUCUGGAGAGUCAUUUCCUCAAAUGCCCCAAGCCCUCGGCCCAGGAGAUCACCUCCCUCGCGGACAGCUUACAGCUGGAGAAAGAGGUGGUGAGAGUUUGGUUUUGUAACAGGAGACAGAAAGAGAAAAGGAUGACCCCUCCCGGAGGGACUCUGCCGGGCGCCGAGGAUGUGUACGGGGGGAGUAGGGACACGCCACCACACCACGGGGUGCAGACGCCGGUCCAGUGAACUCGAGCGGGGGAGGGGCAGAGCGCAGGGCUCUCCCUCCCCUUUGGCGCCUAGUCCUUUCCGGGACCCCUCUUCCCUCUCUAACUUCUGAUUGUUCUUUUAUUUUUAAUUAUUAUUUCCCCGUCCCUUAAAAAGAAAAAAAUAAGGAAAAAGGAAAGCAGCUAAGACACUGGACUAUCCUAUAAACGGUAGCAGUUGUAAUGUGUUAUGACCUUUGCAGGCAAGUACCCAGGCUAUGAAAUAGUGUCUCCUAGAGAGAGAGGAGCGAGGGACAGAGGGAGGGAGAGAGAAAAUCUGAGACAAAUACCUGGCAAAACUAAAUAAAUUACCAAAAGAAAAAAAAAAUCCACCAAACCAUGAUAAACACAGAACUGCAGCUGCCGAUGCUCGAAGCUGGCACAUGCUGCUGCUGUGUUUAUUUAACGUGGAUCCCCAUCAGGAAAGAGGACAAAAAUACACACAUCUCUGAUAUAAGUAAAAUUUAACACAUGAAUUUACACUGCAAGAAAACUGAAGUUUACAUGAACAAAUUCAUAAACAUGUUUUUCUCUUAUUCCUCACCAUUAGUUUUGGCGGUGUUUUGUUUUGCUUUACUCAGCGGGCAGAAUUGUAGCCAGCUCUUGCUCGCUAUUUCUGAUGUCCUUGUAUUACCCCUUUUUCUUACUAUGUGUGAACUUUGCUUACCUUUAGAUUCCCCCUUGAAUCGGUGUAACAUUUAUUUGCUCCUUUAACCAAAGCAAAAUGAUUGGCUUCAUACAAAAUUAAUUGUCUGCUUUCAGGACAUGUGUAUGUUCUGUUUUAUCCAAAGCAAGAAUCUAGUUUGGAAUAUAAAAAAACGAGAAUCAAGCAUAGGUUUUUGUUACUACCGACAAAGUAAACUUCAUUUUCAGGCAGUGUUUCUGGGAGAGGUUAUGGAGGGGAGAAAAAGAGAAAUCGAUAAUGAGUGACUGAUUGCUUCAUUUUAUCAGGCGGGCCCAUUGUGAAAGAGCUCAGAGGAAAUGUGGAGCUUAAAUAUAUUUCCAGAGUUGUCCGACAGAAGGAAAGUGGCACUUUGAAGAAAACUAGGAAAAUAUAUAUCUUCAGAGAUCCCUGAAUAGUUCCCUCCCUUUGGUUUUAAUAACUUAGUUAUGAGGAAUUAUAUGUGAUGACAGCAGCAAUUAAACUUUGUUCCUCUAAUAGCUUUUCUUAAAAAUCAAAAAGAAAAUAACCCAGGAACUUAAUAUUGUAUGCAUAGACUGUGUUUCGUAGCACACAAAUGCCACACGCAUACAGACAGUAGACUGGUUUUGUCUUCACUAGCUCAUUUGUUUAUCAUCUCAUAUUUAGGGUCCCAUCACCCUCUUCUCCUGUAAUUUAUUACAGAAAAUACCAGUUCAACUUGGACAGCUUUUAUCCCCCCCACUUUCACUAAGGAAGCCAAAUGAAGUGAAAAAAAAAAAUGCCAUUUUCAAUCCUUUCUUUUUCUCCUUUGUUAAUAGUUUUAAGUGCAUUUUUUACCUUGUCUUGAUGGAAAACUGUUAACUCCCAAAACAAAAGACUCUACUGGGAAGUGUAGGUGAAAGAAAAAAAGUUGUAACUGUAUUGAAAAUAAAUACCAUUAAACUGUGAUCAGUUAAGAUUAAAAAUAAUAAUCAGCACAAAAGGGCGCUAAAAGGGAAGACACUUUUUUUAUUAACUUUAAAGUUUGGGGCUUUUUUUCUGGUUAAAUAUUAGAUAAAUGUUUAUUUUAAAAAAAAAACUCACUACCAUAAAAUUAUGGUUCAGCAUCAGAUUAGCAUUGCACUCAGUAGUUAAGGUUUUAGGAAAUAUGCUUUACACCAGAUUGUCUUUUCAAACACCUGUGAUUGUUUCAUUUUCAAUGUUUUUGCAAGAUAAAUGGUGACUUAUAAUGGGCAUAUUAUUUGCCUGUUCUUCAUUUCCCCCAAUGAAUGUCACAAGGAAAAUGGGCACAGAGCUGUGGGGUGCUUCACACUGCCUGUUCCUGAGGUGAGGGGACUGGCUUUCAGUGAAGCAAUCCAAAGCAGGGCAAAUAGCCAAUGGUAAAGGGAGGAAAUGAAUUUUCAGAUACUUAUUACCAAGUAGGUAAGGUCAGAAGCUAGAGUUCAGGGGAUAUGCCUACAGCUCCUCUAACUCUCAUAGGUUUACUAAGACGAAAGUUACCACUGAACCUUACCGCUAUGUAUAUAUGUUUAAUAUCUGUCUUUUGAAAUGCAGAAAUAGUUUAAAUGUUUCUUUGUCUAUUUUUUCUUUUUUUUAAUGCUACCCAGGGAAAUAUUUUCAUAUCAUUUUUAAGUGGCCUGCCUCAAUGUAUAUUUAUUUCUUUUGAAGCAAAAAGGUUCUGGAAACUGUUUUUUCUGUAGCUUUAAGUGAGUAGGUGAGCAAAAUCUAUAUGGGAUGUAAUUUUUUUUGUUCAGUCUCUUUAAAAUUACUUUGUUUUGGUACAUUUGGUUGUGCUUGUGGGGAAAAUAAAAACGCAGAGAUCCUUAUAUAUUUAUGUUAAAGUAAUAUUUUAUUAUUACAUAAAACAGAAAUGCACAAUACCUUCAUAGUUUGUUCUAAUUAUUGAAAUAUCUUUAUUUUAUUUUUAAAGAUAGUGCCAAGUUUUAAGGGGAGAAAAAUAACCCUAGACCUUAUACUGACUGAGUUGAGUUAUGUGUAAAACACUUCCCUUCCUUUAUACUUCAUAAAGUUUUGGAAUAAAUUUUAUGCAUAUACUGCCAGGUUUCAUGUUUAUAACUUUCAGAGGCAUCUUUUUUAAAUGGAGGCUACUGUUCUGAUUUAUUUUUCUUUGCAAAAAUAAGCAUCAAUUCCAAAUCUUUUCAGUCCCUAUGCCUGUAGCAUUAAAUCAAAAUGAUCUUUGGAUCUGAGCUUCAAUUUGUUUGCCAUUUCAUGGUCUACAAAAAAAAAAAAAAAAUUGCCCUGUAAAUGUAUGCAGAUGUCUCUGCAUUUUCUCUCCAGGUUAUCUGUAUCUUGUCCAGUUGGGCUAUUUUGGAGCAUAUGAACAGAACUAGGUAGACUCUAAUCUCUACUCACAUGUCCUCACAUAAUUUGGGACCUGCAGGAAAGCAGGGCUUAGAGGAUUAUUCUUCUUAAUAAUCAACAAAUAUCUUUCAAUAAAGAGUAACCCAGACAAUAUACUGUAUGUGAGUUUUCCAAAUCAUUAGAAGUAGCUCCUAUAUACUGUUAAUGUGAGGUUUACAGGAAAAGAUUUUGCAGUGGUUUAUAACAUAGUGUCUAUUUCCCAUCAGCAAACAAAUAAGCUUUAAAAUUUAAAAAAGGAGGAGGAGAAUUAUUGGACAAACUCAAGUAAUAAUGCUAAUAACAGACUGUUUUCACACAAUAUUAGAUGGAACACUGCACUUACCAAACGCAGUUUUAAAAUGAGAAUUCUAAACUAUUGGAUUAGUUUAUAAGUUUGUUGAUAUAUUUAAAGUCCUUCAUGGAACAUGGUUUAAGUAUAAGUCAGUCCAUUUAGAAAGAUAGUUUCUGAGAUUAUUACAUCGGAUCAUCUUUCCUAACACCUAGUCAAUAGUACAUGGAUCCCAAACAGAUUCAACCAAGUGAUCUUAUCAAUAGCCAGAACAAGAAGUGACAGAAAGAAGAAGUGUUUUGUGACUGAAGACAUGCUGAUGGGUAAAAUGUUUAAGCUGGGUAUAGAUUUGAGUUCUGGGUCAAUAUCCCUCCACUGUAGGCAGGAAACAUGCUGCAUCUGCCCUCUGCAGGGCAUUUGAGUGGACCUUGAGAAGGCAUUUUUGUUCUUAGCCACAGGGGCUACUGACUGGAAAACAUCCCAGGUUACAGGGACACAUUUUGGCCUUGACUCAUGCUUGCCACUCAAAUUCUAAAGCUACUCAGGGAAUUUCCACACCAGUUUGGAAAUGUAUUACACACUACCAUGAAAAACUCCAUCAUGACCACUGGGAGAAAUCUGUGAGCAGUCAUCCCUAAGAUAUUGGCUUAGCCAAAAGGAAAAAUAUUUUCUCUCCCCUAAAUACAAUAAUAUAGAAUACAGCCACCCUGACAGAACUCUUACGUUUCUCCAAAAUAUGUCACUUUUUAAGUUUAUGAUAUAAGAUGAAAGAGAAAUGAUCAUGUGGGAGAGAAUUGUGUGAAGGUCAGAUGGAGGGAAGUGUCACAAAUAAUGUUAUGUUUGGCAUUUCUAAACAUUCUUAGUUCCCACAAAGUAACCUCCUUUAUAUUUCAGAUGUUAGUAACAAAAGCACUCUUCUCUUCCCUCUUCUAGUCCCCGAUGGACAAAAUUUUCUGGUGAAAUGGCUUUCAUGAGGGCGUUCAUCUUUCUAUCAUCUCUUUCUUUAAAAGCAACAAAUAAAGAAAUGUAACAGCAUCAGUGAGGGUGACGAUGGCAUUUGGGUGCGCUGGUCUCUGCACGUGUAUGCCUAUAUGCUGUAUCAUUUGCCUUCCAUUUUCCUUAUUGUAGAAGCAUCUCGAAUAGUGCUGGGGAAUGCGGUGAAAUAAUCUUUUUAUCACUCCUCUCUGUGAUUUGUGUUUGUUUUUCAGUUUGUAGAACUGUUCUAGAUUCUAUGGAAUUACUACACAAAUAAAAGAAUGAGGUAAAGAAUAGAGCUUGUACAGAAAAAGAAGGAUGAGAAAGUGAGGGUCUCUUGGGUCUGUAUAUUUCAGUGGGUAAGGCAAAUGGACGCUAUCUACAAGGAAAGGGAAAGGUGCAUCUUGAAGUACUAUGAAUUUUAACAAUAUGACUGAGUGGAAUGUACAUCUAAGUUUUAUAUAUUUUCACUAUUUAGAAAAGAGUACUUUUCCAAUGGUGUAUGGUCUCUUAGCAGGACAGACUGUGGUAGAAGAGAACUUACGUUCCUGAAGCUUAUGCCCACUGCUUGACUGAGGGUGGGAAACAAUGUAAAAGUGGUAUGAGCUUGCCACCCAGCUCGCAAACCAUGGGAUCAACUAGCCCAUGUUUGUAGAAAGUGGGCCACGGUUUUAUUUCAGUGUGCCAUUAUCUAGAGGCAAGUAUGGCAGUGCCAGCAAAUGACUUUUUAAUUUUCUUUAAGGCUUUGCUUCGUUAUAGAGAAAAAGAAACAAUCAGAAUAUUUUCAAGUUGUUCUGGUGUUUGGUGGGAAACUAGGAAAUGUGUUCCCAUCGUUAAAAAAGAAGUCACUUAACUUUAUCAUAUGGUACCUCACUUUACCUUGAUAACACCUCUGCUUGGUUUAGCUGUUAGAGGUUUUAGAAACAGUAUCAUAUUCUAUCAAAACAAUCCUAGUCUGAAUUCUAGAAUUCUGAUUGUUGGUAACAUUCAGAUGUAUUUCUUUUUUUAAAAAAAGUCUGAAAUGUUAUUUAAUACACCAGUAAAAGUGCAUCUAUAUCUUAAAGUUUA